AGCUUCCUAAAAUGUUUAGAUCGUGCCAUAUAUCCUAGUUUUGCGUUAACUCUGAUCCAUGCUAGAAUCCAAAAAAGUCUCCCGAAGUCUCUGGUCCACGAAUCGCAAGCCUCUUUCCCUUUUAAAAAUGAUUUGGGCGCUUAUACAGCCAACAACAAGAAUUCGAACCGUAUUUAAAGCCUGUGUUCUAAAACGAGUCACAUUUGUGCGGUCUCUAAAAAAAUGUAUGAACUUAUAUUUUACUGAAUGAAACUUUUGGGAAUCUUAUUCGAUUCUUCAUACAUUAAAAGUGGUCAAAGGAACAGAUUUUAGCAAAAUCAGCUCAUUUAGUGGAUCGUUCAAAGCAGUAGGGAAAAAUGGUGGUAAGACUGGAAGGCAGAAUUAGGUCGCUGAUGGCACUGCUUGUUUGCGAGUGUCUUUGCAAGUCAAUAUACGGAUUGGAGGCACAGGGAUACGGACAUGCAACCGUGGCGUUCCCGAAGACGACGAUCAACACUAUCAGGAUGUUUGAGAAGACAAUGCCCCCGGGUUACACUAUAGAGACCGAUUUAGUCAUCAAGCGAAGGCCGACCGAAAAAAACAAGAAGGAAUGGAAACCGCGAGACAUCGAGAAAGCUUUCAGCGAGCAUCAAAUUGUCCCUGACGUUGUCGAUGACCCACCUGUUAAUAAGUCCACGAUUCUAUUUCCCUUCAACCGCUUCCCCGAAUUUGGUAAUGAAAUGAACCUGUCCAUCCACAAACACAUAUGUUGGGCGCAGUGGCCUGGUACCAUGAACGAUACUUACACUUUGAUCUAUACAAUUCCUGACGUACCAAGUCGGGAUAACCCAACAUCUGGGGAGUACCAAGUGUGGGUUGUUGGAAAUAUCGAGGGACCGAUUUACAUGGAGAAUGGAACGUUAACUGAAUAUAUUAAACCAACGCACCCGAACGGAACAGGUUUGCACAGACAUGUCUUUCUGGUGUACAAACAACCCUUUGGGAGGUUUAUUAGAUUUGAUGAGCCGUUCUUGGAUGCCAAAAC